AUGUCAGGACAAUUGGAAGUUAGUGCACCAUCUAGAUCGAUUUUAAACGACAAGUGGGACGUUGUUCUGUCGAACCUGGUGGUCAAGACCGGGCUAGGGUUCGGCGCGGGCGUCUUCGCUUCUGUGCUGUUCUUCAAGAGACGGGCUUUCCCAGUGUGGCUAGGCGUGGGCUUCGGGCUGGGCCGCGGAUACGCGGAGGGUGAUGCAAUUUUCCGCUCACACGCCGGGCUCCGCGCGGUCCGUGCAUGA